AUGGCAUCCGAUCCGGCAUCUUCCUAUGAUGAAGAUUUGCGACCAUCGUCUCAGUUCACUUACCGCCACUUUCAGCUCUUACGAUCCUUUUCAACCCGUACCCCACUCCGCGUCAUAGCCCAUAUCGACCUCGAUGCAUUCUAUGCGCAAUGUGAAAUGGUACGGCUGAAUACCCCACGAGACCAACCUCUAGCUGUCCAGCAAUGGCAGUCCUUGAUUGCGGUCAACUAUGCCGCUCGUCCGUUCGGUGUUUCGAGAAUGAUCACCGCGCAAGAAGCAAAAAAACGUUGUCCGCAAUUACUCACACCGCAUGUUGCCACGUUUCGAGAGGGAGAAGGAGAGAAUUGGGCAUAUAGGGGCGAAGGAAAUUACUCUAUCCAGAAGGAUAAAGUCUCAUUGGAUCCGUAUCGGGCUGAGUCGAGGAAGAUUCUGGCGGUUAUGAAAGCGACGCUACUAGCUUGGGCAGAGGGGAUCCAUGAGGGAUGCCGCAGCCACUUUUCUGAUCCCGCUGACAUGGUGCGGCUUGAAAAAGCUGGUAUCGAUGAGGUAUUUGUGGACCUAUCUGCACUAGUAUUUGGGACGCUCCUGGAACGGUUUGAAGUACUACGGUCAGCGGAAGCUAGCGAGGGGUUGAAGGAAGGUCUAAACAGGCUCCUUCCUAGACCCCAAACUACUGCCCUUGUAUGGGGAGAGGAUGACGCAUUGAUUGACUUGGACACUGGUCAAUCAGAAGAGGACGACCCUGAAUGGGAUGAUAUUGUCAUGCUGGUUGGUUCUGAGAUAGUAAAAUCCAUUAGAACGGCAGUAUGGGAUCAGCUUAAAUACACCUGUUCUGGCGGAAUCGCAAGAAAUAAAAUGAUUGCUAAACUAGGAAGCGCCUGCAACAAACCAAAUCAACAAACCAUCGUCCGCAACCGUGCCAUUCAACAGUUCUUGAGCGGCUAUAAAUUUACGAAAAUUCGUUUACUAGGAGGAAAGCUGGGGAAACGGGUCGCUUCAGAGUUCGAAACAGAGCAAAUAAGCGAUCUACUAAAUAUUCCUAUCGAGCGGCUAAAGAACAAAUUGGAUGACGACACUGGAACCUGGCUCUAUCAAAUUAUUCGCGGAGAGGACGAUAGCGAAGUGACUCCUCGAACAGAAAUCAAAUCCAUGAUAUCAGCCAAGUCUUUCAAUCCUAAACUACGCUCCGUAGAGCAGGCAGAGAAAUGGAUGCGAAUUUUUGUCGCUGAAAUCUAUGGACGAUUGAUUGAUGAAGGUGUCCUAGAAAACAAACGACGCCCUAAAAUGAUUACUGUUCAUCACCUUGGCCAGAGCCAGGAUAAGUCUCGUCAGGCCCAUAUACCGACUGGCGGGAUCAUUGAUCAGACGUUGCUUUUUGACUUAGCAAAGAACUUACUUCAUCAAGUUAUCAGCUGGCCGUGUGGCCAUUUGUCUCUCACCGUUGGUGGGUUCGAAACAGGGAUCAGAGGAAACCAAAGCCUAGAUGGUUUCUUUAUCCGCGGUGGAGGUGAGAAUUUAGUCCAGCGAGACGAUGCCGCCGACGACGGCGACGGCAACUCACCGAAUGUAGGCUGCAAACCAGAGGAGUUCCCCGGGGACCACGCAGAGCAUCAAAGGAAGAAACAAAAAGUGGGUGAGGGAUCUGGAUUGAUUUCUCAAUCAAAAACAGGUGGUUUCUUCUCAAGAUAUAAAAACAGUUCGAGCGAACAACCUGUUGAGACCUGUGGCCCUGAAGAGGUGGAUCCGCGAAGUGACCUUCAAACGAAUCCAGAUGGCUCCCUAUCGCCCGACAUAUGCUCCCGCUGUGGAGAAACCGUGCCAGAUUUCAUGCGAAUAGAACAUGACGAUUGGCAUUUAGCUAAAGAUCUAGAAACGCAGGAGCAACGAUCGUUGAAUGCAUCUCGGGUGCGUGGCACUGGGAAAACGAAGCAAACGAGGUUGGCCUUUGGCUAA